AUGUUCCCGACAUGGAUGCACUCAUCACUUCGCUAUGCUCUACCUUCGUUCUGGGGUGGUAAAAAUUACCUGUAUGCCGGAAAAGCUCUGCUUCGCCCUGUCAUUGAGGAACUCAUUCAGAAGAACAACGACGGGCUGUGGAGCCCACAGACUACAGAGCAGGACAUGAAUGUCCUCAGCUGGCUUGCAGAUACAGCCAAAGGCCAUGACCGAGACGCAGAUACUCUUGCUCACGUCGAAAUUCUUCUUGCUCUGGCCUCCGUUCAUACAACCCUGCUCCGGAUGGUCAACGUAUUGUACGACCUUACUGCAGAUUCGCAGUGUGCAAGGGAAAUCGAGUCGGAGAUCGCAGACAUGCAAGCUCAUCAGCCAACCUGGACGCCAGCUUCGUACGAUAAGCUUGGAAAACUGGAUAGUGUUCUGCGCGAGUCACAGCGGAUGUCUCCACCAACAACUCUUGGUAUGAAGCGUUUGUUCAAGGAGACUCAUACCUUUGCCAAUGGCUUACGCAUCGAGGAAGGCACGUACGUGUGCCUUCCCAUAUACGCCAUUGAGAACGACCCCGAGAACGCACCUGAUCCUUCCACUUUUGACGGCCUUCGAAACUACCGACUUCGAGAACAACUCAACGAAAGCUCAAGACGCGAGGAAUAUCUCUUCUCGACGCCGGAACCCACAGCGCUGAACUUUGGCUACGGCAAGACCGCAUGCCCCGGACGCUAUUUUGCUAGUCUGAUCAUCAAGAUGGUUUUUGUGAAACUUUUAACAGAGUAUGACUUCAAGUUCCUGGAUGGAAAGCAGAGGCCGAAGAGCAUCAUGGCUCAUGAAUUUCUGUUUUGCUGGCCCUGGCAAAAGAUGUUGAUCAAGCGCAAGCAGAACACUGCAAGCCCAUUUUGA